UUUGAUACAGCAAAUUGCAAAAGCGCUUGUGUUGUAACAAAGUACAAAUUAAGAUAAAUAUUUUUCGUAAUGCUAGUAAAAUACUAGAUACAAGUUGUAAUAUAAUUUUAAAAUUUAUUUUAAAAUUAAAGUUAAAAGUGAAUUUUAGUUGUAAAAGCAAAAGGAAUUAAAACUCAAGGUGUUGUGAGGAACUACCUCACCUUGAAUAAAAUUUGUAAACAUUAAUACAAAAGAUAAAAAUUUUAAAAAAUGUGUGAUGAAGAGAAAUCUAAGAGAAGUAACUCACCGGUACCAUCAACUUCAGGUUCAUCAAGAAGAAAACGAGACGAUGAAUAUCACGAAGAACAACCACGUGAAAAAAUUCGGAAAAGGUAUACUCCUCCUGGACAAUCACCUGGUGCUAGCGGUUCAAUAAAAAGAGAAGAAGAUAGGGAAUCGUCGCACAGUUCUACUUCUAGUUCUAGAGUGAUUGAAAGAGAGUGUAGGAAGCCGCAGCAAACAACUGAGCAGAGAUUUAGGUAUGAAAUAGUUCGUACUCGUCCAGAAACAGUUAAUACCAAACAAGGAACAACAGGUCGAAGAGUGCAAUUAGAAGCAAAUUAUUUUAAGUUACUAAAACGUCCAGAGUGGUCAAUAUAUCAAUACCGUGUAGACUUUAGCCCUGCAAUCGAACUGAUACGUUUAAAACGAGGUAUUUUAAGUGAACAAAAAAGUCUUUUGGGCGGAUACCUUUUUGAUGGAACGCUCUUAUAUGUUACACGAAAACUUGAUAAAGAUUAUGUUGAGAUUGAUACCAAAAGUCGUAAAGGAGAUGAGUAUAAAAUAAUCAUAAAAUUUAUAGCUGCUGUAUCCAUGAAUCAAUGGCAAUCUCUUCAAAUUUUGAAUCUAAUUUUACGUCGGGCUAUGGAGGGCCUGCAACUACAAUUGGUUGGAAAGAAUUUUUAUGAUGCUUUGGAUAAAAUUAACUUAAGUCAAUACAGAAUUCAACUUUGGCCUGGGUAUAUAACAUCAAUACGUCAACAUGAAAAUGAAAUUUUGGUAUGCGCAGAAGUUACUCAUAAAGUAAUGCGUACAGAAACUAUUUAUGAUAUAAUGAGACAGUGUAUAAACGACUCUGAUCGAAGAGGCGGAGACUGGUCAGAGAAUUUCAAAAAACAAGUUAUAGGUUUAACAGUGUUAACUGAUUACAAUAAUAAAACAUAUCGCAUUGAUGAUGUCGAUUUAACAUUCAAGGCGUCCAUGACGUUCAAUAUGAAAGGGAAAAGCACUUCUUUUGUUGAUUAUUAUUAUCAGAAAUAUCAAAUUAGAAUACGCGACCCAGAGCAACCAUUACUGGCUUCACGUAACAGAGAAAGGAGAACCAGAAACGAUGAAGAUAACAGAAUUUAUUUAGUACCUGAACUAUGUCGAGUAACUGGUCUUAGUGAAAAUAUGCGGUCUAAUCAGCAGUUGAUGCGUGGUAUGGCAGAUUACACAAGAACUAAUCCGGAUAGACGAAUUGAAAUAUUGAAAAAAUUUAAUAGAAGAUUGCAAGAAACAAAAGUCAGUCAACAAGUUCUUAAGGAAUGGAAUAUGUCACUAGACCGGCACCUUAUUCAGUUAGAAGGAAGACAUUUAGAACCUGAAAAUAUUGUAUUUGAAAAUAACGAUAAGGUUUCUGCCACAGAACGUUGUGAUUGGUCAAAUUUUCGUGGAAAGGCAAUGUAUACCGUUGCUACCCUACAGAGAUGGGUAGUUAUAGUUCCAUAUAGAUUCAAACAUGAGUGUCGCGAUUUUAUUCAAAAGCUUUUGAGAAUUGCUAGUGAUAUGCAUAUGAGAGUAGAAAGACCUAACGAAAUCAAUAUUCCUGAUGAUAGAAAUCACGCUUAUAUUCAAGCAAUAGAUCGUGCUGCCAAUGAAGAUCCUUCUUUAAUUAUGUGCCUUGUUCCAAAUAAAAACGUAGAACGUUAUUCUACUAUAAAAAAAAAAUGUUGCGUUGAACGGGCAAUCGCAACGCAAGUAGUAAUGCAAGGAACUGUAAGUUCUAGCAAACGCAAUGUAAUGUCAAUAAUAUCAAAGAUUGUUAUUCAAAUGAACGCCAAAUUAGGUGGUGCUCCAUGGAUGAUUUCCUUGCCAAUGAAAGGGUUAAUGGUUAUUGGAUAUGAUAUUUGCAAGUCUAGCAGAGAUAAAUCAAAAACUUAUGCUGCUUUAGUAGCAACAAUGGAUCAAAAAGUAAAAGCACGAUAUUUUAGUACUGUAGCUCAAACACACAGCUCAGAUAACUUAUCAAAUGAACUUAAUUUAGCAGUUAGCAAAGCAAUUCACGAGUAUCGUCGAAGUCACGAUUGUCUACCAGAAAAAAUUAUUUUAUACCGAGAUGGUGUUGGGAAUGGUUCGAUUCAGCAAGUUGUAGAACAUGAAGUAAAGAAUCUUGUUGAAUUUUUAGACACUCAAUACAAAAAAUCUGAACUUCCUCCGCCGCGUUUUACGUUUAUGGUUGUUUCAAAACAAAUAAACGCUCGCUUCUUUUUAAAUAAACGUAAUCCACCUCCAGGGACAGUGAUUGACGAUAUUGUUACCUUGCCAGAGAGAUAUGAUUUUUAUUUAGUUUCGCAAUCGGUGAGACAGGGAACCGUGUCGCCUACGUCAUACAAUAUUUUAUAUGAUACUUCAAAAUUAAGCGCUGACAAGUUACAAAUUUUGACUUAUAAAAUGUGUCAUUUGUACUAUAAUUGGGCUGGAACAACAAGAGUUCCUGCGGUAUGUUUGUACGCAAAAAAACUAGCAACGCUAGUUGGUCAGAAUCUUCAUCAGACUCCAAAUAAUUUGUUGGAGAAACAACUCUACUAUUUGUAAAUUGGAUCAUUUUCAGUAUUUGGUAAAUUCUGAAAAUAAGUAUUUUUUCAAUUCCAAGAAGGAUUUUUUUUUUAUUUCAAAUUUUAUUGAAAUUGAUGCUUUUUUUUACUGAAUAAAUUUUAAGAAAUGUUCAAUUAUAUGA